AUGGUCGUGGACGUGGACGUGGACGUGGACGUGGACGUGGACGUGGACGUGGACGUGGACAUGGACAUGGACGUGGACGUAGACGUAGACUUGGACGUGAACGUGGACGUGGACAUGGUCGUGGACGUGGACGUGGACGUGGACGUGGACAUGGACGUGGACGUGGACGUGGACAUGGACGUGGACGUGGACGUGGACGUGGACGUGGACAUGGACGUGGACAUGGACGUGGACAUGGACGUGGACAUGGACGUGGACGUGGACGUGGACGUGGACGUGGACAUGGACGUGGACAUGGACGAGGACGUGGACGUGGACGUGGACGUGGACGUGGAGGUGGACAUGGACGUGGACGUGGACGUGGACAUGGAUGUGGACGUGGACAUGGUCGUGGACGUGGACGUGGACGUGGACGUGGACGUGGACAUGGACGUGGACGUGGACGUGGACGUGUGUUGGCACAUUGGAGCCUACUGUGACUAUAACAACGUGGACGUGGACGUGGACGUCGACAUGGACGUGGACGUCGACGUAGACGUGGACGUGGACGUGAACGUGGACGUCGACAUGGUCGUGGACCUGGACGUGGACGUGGACGUGGACAUGGACGUGGACGUGGACGUGGACGUGGACGUGGACAUGGACGUGGACGUGGACGUGGACGUGGACGUGGACAUGGACGUGGACGUGGACGUGGACGUGGACGUGGACGUGGACGUGGACGUGAACAUGGACGUGGACAUGGUCGUGGACGUGGACAUGGAUGUGGACGUGGACAUGGACGUGGACAUGGACGUGGACAUGGACAUGGACGUGGACGUGGACGUGGACGUGGACAUGGACAUGGACGUGGACGUGGACGUGGAGGACUUGGACGUGGACGUGGACGUGGACGUGGACAUGGACAUGGACGUGGACAUGGACGUGGACGUGGACAUGGACGUGGACGUGGACAUGGAGGUGGACGUGGACAUGGACCUGGAUGUGGACGUGGACGUGGACGUGGACAUGGACGUGGAGGACGUGGACAUGGACGUGGACGUGGAGGACUUGGACGUGGACAUGGACGUAGACGUGGACGUGGACGUGGACGUGGACAUGGUCGUGGACGUGGACGUGGACGUGGACAUGGACAUGGACGUGGACGUGGACGUGGAGGACUUGGACGUGGAUGUGGACGUGGACAUGGACAUGGACGUGGACAUGGACGUGGAGGUGGACAUGGACAUGGACGUGGACGUGGACGUGGAGGUGGACGUGGACAUGGAUGUGGACGUGGACGUCGACGUGUACGUGGACAUGGACGUGGACGUGGACAUGGACGUGGACGUGGAGGACUUGGACGUAGACAUGGACGUUGACGUGGACGUGGACGUGGACAUGGAUGUGGACAUGGACGUGGACGUGGACGUAGACGUGGACGUGGACAUGCACGUGGACAUGGACGUGGACGUGGACAUGGACGUGCACGUGCACGUGGAUGUAUACAUGGACAUGGACGUGGACGUGGACGUGGACGUGGACAUGGACGUGGACAUGGACGUGGACGUGGACGUGGACAUGGGCGUGGACGUGGACGUGGACGUGGACAUGGACGUGCACGUGCACGUGCACGUAGACGUGGACAUGGACGUGGACAUGGACGUGGACGUGGACGUGGACGUGGACGUGGACGUGGACAUGGACGUGCACGUGCACGUGGACGUGGACGUGGACAUGGACGUGGACGUGGACGUGGACGUGGACAUGGACGUGGACGUGGACGUGGACGUGGACAUGGACGUGCACGUGCACGUGGACGUGGACGUGGACAUGGACGUGGACGUGGACGUGGACGUGGACAUGGACGUGGACAUGGACGUGGACGUGGACAUGGAGGUGGACGUGGAGGUGGACGUGGAGGUGGACGUGGACAUGGACGUGGACAUGGACGUGGACGUGGACAUGGACGUGGACGUGGACGUGGAUGUGGACGUAGACGUGGACGUGGACAUGGACGUGGACGUGGAGGUGGACAUGGACGAGAGCUUGCCUGGUCCAGGAGCUUGCCUGGUCCAGGAGCUUGCCUGUUCCACGAGCGUGCGUGGUCCAGGAGCUUGCCUGGUCUAA